AUCGCCGAGCAGGAGAGGCGUAGACCGUUGUAGACGUGGUAAAGUCAGUUAGUGAGCUAACGGCUAACACGGUCGCUCUAUUUCAGCAGCUCGGCGACUUGGUGUUGUUUAUGAACACAUUUAUGAGCGAUUUGGGAACUUUACAAGAGCAAAUAUGCUGGACUUCGCUAUAUUUGCUGUGACGUUUGUUGUCAUCUUGGUCGGCGCUGUUUUGUAUUUGUAUCCGUCUUCCAGAAGGGCCUCUGGUGUUCCUGGCCUGAAUCCUACAGAGGAGAAGGAUGGUAACCUGCAGGACAUUGUAAACAGAGGAAGCCUGCAUGAAUUCUUGGUUGGUCUUCAUGACCAGUUUGGUUCAGUUGCAUCUUUCUGGUUUGGCCGGAGACCGGUAGUGAGUCUUGGUUCAGUCGAUCAGCUGCAACAGCACAUAAACCCCAACCGGACCACGGAUUCCUUUGAGACCAUGCUCAAGUCGUUGCUUGGGUACCAGUCAGGGUCAGGCACAGGAGGGACAGAGGCGCUGAUGAGGAAGAAGGUGUAUGAGGGGGCUAUUAACAAAACACUGGAGAAUAACUUCCCUAUUCUGCUUAAGCUGGCUGAAGAGUUGGUUGGAAAAUGGCAGUUGUAUCCAAAGUCCCAGCACAUUCCCCUCUGUGCUCACCUCCUGGGAUUGUCCAUGAAGGCGGUCACUCAGCUUGCCAUGGGCAGUCGCUUUUCAGAUGAUACUGCGGUCAUUCGCUUCCGUAAGAACCAUGAGGCAAUCUGGUCAGAGAUUGGUAAAGGUUAUCUGGAUGGUUCUCUUGAGAAAAGCUCAAGCAGAAAGGCCCACUAUGAGAGUGCGCUGGCUGAGAUGGAGUCGGUGCUGAAGUCUGUAAUUAAAGAGAGGAGUGGACAGGGAUCCAGCAAGUCAACUUUCAUGGACUCACUUCUGCAGGCCAAUCUGUCAGAGAGACAGGUAAUGGAGGAAAGCAUGGUGUUCACCCUCGCUGGCUGUGUCAUCACUGCAAAUUUGUGCAUCUGGGCAGUACACUUUCUCUCCAUCUCGGAAGCAGUGCAGGAGAAACUGCAUCAGGAAUUAAUAGAUGUGGUGGGGGAUGGGCCUGUCUCCUUGGACCAAAUUCCACAGCUCAGAUACUGCCAGCAGGUACUGAAUGAGACUGUUCGCACGGCCAAGUUAACCCCGAUUGCAGCCAGACUGCAGGAGGUUGAGGGGAAGGUGGAUCAGCAUGUCAUCCCUAAAGAGACUUUGGUUAUCUAUGCUCUCGGUGUAGUCCUUCAGGAUGCAGACACAUGGACAUUACCAUACAGGUUUGAUCCAGACAGAUUUACAGAUGAGUCUGUUAUGAAGAGCUUCUCGCUCUUGGGCUUUUCAGGAAACCAGGCCUGCCCUGAACUUAGAUUUGCCUACACAGUGGCUGCUGUGCUGUUGAGCACACUGGUGCGCAGACUCCGGCUGCACCAAGUGAAAGGCCAAGUGGUGGAGGCCAGAUAUGAGCUAGUGAGCACACCCAAGGAUGACACCUGGAUAACCAUCAGCAAGAGGGACUAACUCUGCAGACCUCUCACGGCCGCCCCCAAAUGGACACUUUUAAGAGCUCUCAUUUGAAUGUUCAUAUACUGCCCUUUUUGCUGGAUUCCAGACAUGGUUGUGUGUAAUUAUGUCAUUCCUCAUAAUUUUGGGAGAGAACAGUAUUGCCUUUUGUAGGACUCGUAAAUGAUUCCUAAUAUGAUUUUUUUAUUUUUUAAGAACUUAAAAAUGAACUCAACAGGCACACACCACAGUUCCCUUUUAGGAAAGAAACUGCUUGGAUUUGAUUAGUUUGUGUGCUGUACAUCUUCAGUGAAUGCCCACACUAAUGAAAAUCACCUCUUUCACUGCCAGUUUUUACUAAUAAAAAAAAAGGGCUUAUCUGCCA